CUUCAUCAGAUAAAGAAAGAGCUUAUAGAGACUCAUCAGUACAGCCAGUAUGCUGCAGUUCCUGUUUCUCUUUCUGCUUCUGGACAGAACAACUGUCACUAUUGGAGGUAAUAUCAAGUUGGUGAACGGCAAAGACGCUUGUUCAGGACGAGUGGAAGUUCUCUAUAAUGGAACAUGGGGAACAGUGUGUGAUGAUUACUGGGAUAUAUCAGAUGCUGCAGUGGUGUGUAGAGAACUGGGCUGUGGAAAUGCGAUAGAGGUAAAGACUGAUGCAUAUUUUGGACAAGGUUCAGGACAAAUAUGGAUGGAUAAUGUAACUUGUUAUGGCACGGAGUCCUCACUGAUGGACUGUGAAAGUGCAGGAUGGGGCGUACAUGACUGUGUACAUACGGAAGACACUGGAGUCAUUUGCCAUGCCUAUGUCAGGUUGGUAAACGGCAGUAACUCUUGUUCUGGACGAGUGGAGGUUCUUUAUAAUGGAACAUGGGGAACAGUGUGUUCAGAUUACUGGGAUCUACUAGACGCUGCAGUGGUGUGUAAAGAGCUGGGCUGUAUAGAUGCUGUAGAGGAAAAGAGUUUAGCAUAUUUUGGACAAGGUGCAGGACAAAUAUGGAUGGAUGACGUAAAGUGUGUUGGCACUGAGUCAUCACUGACAAACUGUGAAAGACAGCCAUGGGGAUCACACAACUGUGAACAUUAUAAAGAUGCUGGAGUCAUCUGCCAGUGGUAUUUACGGUUGGUAAAUGGGACUGACUCCUGUUUUGGAAGAGUGGAGAUUUAUCAUAAUGGAACAUGGGGAACAGUGUGUGAUGAUCGCUGGGAUUCAUCAGAUGCUACAGUGGUGUGUAGAGAACUGGGCUGUGGAUAUGCUAGAGAGGCAAAGACUGAUGCAUAUUUCGGAGAAGGUUCAGGACAAAUAUGGUUGGAUGAAGUAAGCUGCGAUGGAACCGAGUCUACUAUAAAAAGCUGUAAAUCAAAUAAAUGGGGGAAACAUAAUUGUGUACACCGUGAAGAUGCUGGAGCCAUCUGUCAAUAUAACUUCACCUAUAUCAAUGAAUCAAAAAGCUGGAUUGAUGCACUGCGGUAUUGCCAAACUCAUCAUCAGACUCUUGCGCACAUAUUAAAUGCAACAGCACAGACGCACAUCACACGGAUGCUGCAGGGUAUAGAAAUUACCAAAGGAGUGUGGAUAGGACUUGAAAGAAAAAUGCAGAUCAAUCCAUCCCCUUGGCUGUGGACCGAUGGGUCUCUUGUAAACUAUACUUUGUGGCAUCCCACUUUUCCACUGAAUCCAAUGGGCAGGUUUUGUGGAAAACUGCUUAAGAAUAAAACAAGUAACACAUUUAAAUGGGUGGAUGAUUGCUGCUUUCAGAGCCUUCCUUUCAUCUGUCAGGGAUGAAACACUUGGUGGCGCUACGUCCUACUUUUGGAGUCUUUGACUGACAGAUAUUUAGGCUGUCAUAACUAUUUUUCAUCUUUGUUUUUAAAUUUGUUAAAUGCUCUGAUUGGUGGUAUGUAACUCAUGUGUUCUUGAAUCUUGAAAUCUUAUGAAAAUUGUUUAUAGGCCUAUCCUUUGUCAGCUUAUAUGAAAUGCAUGGCUAAUAAA